UGAUGUGUUGAGGAGGAUUCAAGACAAGAGUCAUGUUACUGGGAAUGUUUUCAGGUUAUUGGUGACAUGGUAUAUUGUUUCGACACAGUACGGACCAGGUGGUAUGAGACUGCUGGACAAAUUACUGAAAGAUGAUUUACAUGCAAAGAGCUGCUGAAGGAACACCAACGACCAACAUGACUCCAACUCAGAAACCUCCUUUGGGGGGCAAGACACUGGUUACUGUGGAUAUUGUAGUCCUGGUUGUCUACUUUCUACUGGUGCUGGCUGUUGGUUUCUGGUCCAUGUGGAGGACAAAGCGCAGUACGGUGGAUGGAUACUUCUUAGCUGGCAAGAGUAUGACCUGGUGGCCAGUUGGGGCUUCACUGUUUGCCAGCAACAUUGGCAGCGGACAUUUUAUUGGUCUGGCCGGGUCAGGAGCUGCUGCAGGAAUUGGAGCAAUAGCCUAUGAAUGGAACGGAAUGUUUAUGGUGUUGCUGCUUGGAUGGCUCUUCCUGCCCAUUUAUAUCUCCUCUGGGGUGACAACCAUGCCUGAAUAUUUGCAGAAGCGCUUCGGGGGAAGAAGAACCCAGCUAUUUAUAGCAAUCUUGUACCUGUUUGUUUACAUCUUUACAAAAAUAUCUGUAGAUAUGUAUGCUGGAGCUGUAUUCAUUAAGCUUGCUUUACAAUGGAAUAUCUAUCUGGCUGUAGUGGUGCUGCUAGCAGUGACUGCUCUCUACACAAUAGCAGGUGGCCUUGCUGCAGUUAUUUACACUGAUGCAGCUCAAACAGCAAUCAUGCUCGGAGGAGCUCUCACCCUUAUGGGUUUCAGUUUUGCUGAGGUCGGAGGUUGGGACGCUCUGAUGGAAGGAUAUUUCACUGCCAUUCCCUCAGUCCUUGUGCCUAACUCCACCUGUGGCAUCCCUCGAGAUGAUGCCUUUCACAUAUUUAGAGACCCGGUGAACUCAGACCUGCCCUGGCCUGGUGUUAUCAUCGGCAUGUCCAUCCCCUCCAUGUGGUAUUGGUGUUCUGAUCAGGUGAUUGUGCAGCGCUCUCUGGCUGCUAAGACUCUGACCCAUGCUAAGGGGGGCUCUCUCCUGGCAGCAUACUUGAAGGUUCUUCCUUUCUUUGCAAUCAUGCUCCCUGGGAUGAUCAGCAGGAUCCUCUACACAGAUGAGGUGGCUUGCGCAGACCCUGACCUGUGCGAACAGAUUUGUGAGAACUCAGUGGGCUGUUCAGACAUUGCUUAUGCCAAACUGGUUAUGGAGCUUCUCCCUGCAGGACUCCGAGGUCUCAUGAUGGCUGUGAUGAUUGCUGCUCUUAUGUCCUCUCUGACCUCCAUCUUCAACAGCUCCAGUACCAUUUUUACUAUGGACUUAUGGAAGAGCUUUAGAUCUCAUGCUUCGGAAUGGGAGCUCAUGAUAGUAGGGAGGCUGUUUGUGCUCGUCCUGGUGGUGGUGUCAGUGCUCUGGAUUCCUGUUGUCCAGGCCAGUCAGGGAGGCCAGCUCUUUAUCUACAUCCAGUCCAUCAGCACCUACCUGCAGCCCCCUGUCAGCAUAGUCUUCCUCAUGGGUUGCUUCUGGAAGAGGGCUAAUGAGAAAGGUGCAUUCUGGGGUCUCGCCAUUGGUCUGACAGUCGGCUGCAUACGCAUGUUGUUGGAUUUCAUCUACCCUGCACCAAUGUGCUUUGAGAAGGACGACAGGCCCAGUGUGUUGAAAUACGUCCAUUACCUCUACUUCUCCACGCUGCUGUCCUUCAUCACCCUGGUUGUGGUGGUUGCAGUUAGCCUGGCCACUGAGGAGCCCAGUCCAGAGCAGAUAAGUCGUCUCACUUGGUUCACAAGGUUUGAUCCAGUGAUGCCAAAAGAAGAAGUGAUCUCAGUGGAGCAGAGACAUCCAGGGAGAGAGGCAGAGAGCAGAAACGGACAAGCAUGCCCUCAAAGGAGAGAUUCUGCUUCAUCUGAGUCCAGCACUCCCAGUCAGUCCAGGUUCAUGUCUGCCAUCUACUGGUUGUGUGGGAUGGAGAGGCGAAAGGAGGCAGACAGCAACAUUCCAGCUCCCUCUGCAACCGAGCAGAUCAUCUGCACUCUGGAUGAAAAGCCGAGCUACAGACACCUCGUCAAUACAAACCUCAUCUUCUGCCUCUCUGUAACCGUCUUCAUCAUCGGCUACUGGGCUUGACCAAAGAAGAGCCAUACAAUGACUUCCAAAAUGUUCCUGCCCCACAGACUUUUUCAGGAUGUAACUCAAGACUUUCAUGCAUUUUAUGUUAGCUUUGGGGGGUUUUAAAGUGGAACAUGUUUUCCCACUUCUCGCUCUGAAAAUCCAAAAUUGAAUCCAAUAUAAACCAAUUAAACAGUAAGCAGAAACUACCAGGGUAUAAUUUAAUCUCAGUACAAAUCUAGUUGUACUGCGAAGGCCUCAGAAAUGUGUUAGAUAACAUUUGAGAACAUCAGCAGUAUGAAGACAAGGCAAGCAGGUUUGGCCUAAAAAGUUGUUGGAGCCAAGUUAGAAGGUAGCUAACAGUGCCUAACUAGGUAGCUUCAAUCCUUUCUUCCAUUAAAUACAGGGAAUCUACAGAGAUAUGAAAGAAGAUAAUGCAAGAAAAUUCUAUUUAACAUGAUAUUGGACAAAUUCUGUCUAGUUGGAUGAGAUGCAAACUGUGUCAGAUGUUAAUUUAUAUAAAAAAUAUAAAAAUAAACUACAUUAUUUUCUUCCAACUUCAUAAUCAUAGUUUAGUUUGUGCUGGGAUGAUAAAUUGACUUAAAUCAUAGAUCUCUUUUCCAGACAUA